GGAUGGGAAUCAUCCAUAUGAUUUACAGAUCAGGCGCAGCAUGACGUUCUCUUAUAUUGUUAUGACGGAAGAGUAGACAUGCUACUGGGCGCCUCGUGAUGGUGGGGCGGUCUCGAAACAGCAUCGGUUUCUCCAUCCAGCGUCUCCGUCUAGCGUAUUUAGCAAAUGUUGUAGUGAAGUGUGGGAGACCCGAGUGAGAGGGGAAAAUUAAAACAUGGCGGACAUAGAAGGAGACGAAAUUCGGUCGGCGGCUCCCUCGCUGCUUCACACAUCAUCGCGGAACGGCUCCGGUGUUGGUUCGGCAGUCGGUACCGGAGGCCAAACGGCGACCACGGUGACGUCAGGGCCUCGACUGGUUCGGAUCGUGAAGUCUGAUUCUGGUUAUGGUUUCAACGUUCGAGGGCAAGUUAGUGAAGGGGGGCAGCUUCGAAGCAUCAACGGAGAAUUGUAUGCCCCUCUCCAGCACGUCAGUGCCGUCUUACCGGGAGGGGCAGCGGACAGAGCUGGUAUCUCUAAAGGAGACCGAAUCCUGGAAGUGAACGGGGUGAACGUGGAGGGGGCCACGCACAAGCAGGUGGUGGACCUGAUCCGGGCCGGGGAGCGGGAGCUGGUCCUGGCGGUUCUGUCCGUGCCGCAGCCCGAAGCGGACAGCCUGGACCCCGGGGACGACGGCAGCGCCCAGUCCUGCUACGACUACAGCGACAAGCAGGCCGUGCCCAUCUCCGUGCCCACCUACAAGCACGUGGAGCAGAACGCCGAGAAGUUCGUGGUGUACAACGUGUACAUGGCGGGGAGGCAGCUCUGCUCCAAGCGCUACCGCGAGUUUGCCAUCCUGCACCAGAACCUGAAGAGGGAGUUCGCCAACUUCACCUUCCCCAAGCUCCCGGGGAAGUGGCCCUUCUCCCUGUCCGAGCAGCAGCUGGACGCCCGCCGCCGGGGCCUGGAGGAGUACCUGGAGAAAGUGUGUUCGGUAAGGGUAAUUGGGGAGAGUGACAUCAUGCAGGAGUUCCUUUCUGAAUCCGAUGAGAACUAUAACGGCGUAUCAGACGUGGAGCUGCGGAUAGCCCUGCCAGACAAGACCACCGUCACCGUCAGAGUGCGCAAGAACUCCACCACCGACCAGGUUUACCAGGCAGUGGUUAUGAAGGUUGGGAUGGACAGCAUAACGGCCAGUUACUUUGCUCUGUUUGAAGUCAUAAACCACUCCUUUGUGCGCAAGCUGGCCCCCAACGAGUUCCCGCACAAGCUGUACGUGCAGAACUACACCUCGGCCGUCCCGGGCACCUGCCUCACACUGCGCAAGUGGCUCUUCACCACCGAGGAGGAGAUCCUGCUCAACGACAACGAGCUGGCCGUCGCCUACUGCUUCCACCAGGCUCUGGACGACGUGAAGAAGGGAUCCAUCAAGGCGGAUGAGAAGUCCUACCAGCUGCAGAAGCUGGCCGAGCAGCGCAAGAUGGCCAUGUACCUGAGCAUGCUGCGCUCCUGCGAGGGCUACAACGAGAUCAUCUUCCCCCACUGCUCGUGCGACUCGCGACGCAAGGGUCACGUGAUCACAGCCAUCAGCAUCCGGCACUUCAAACUGCACGCCUGCACUGAGGAGGGAACGCUGGAGAACCAGGUGAUUGCCUUUGAAUGGGGGGAGAUGCAGCGCUGGGACACGGAUGAGGAAGGGAUGGCGUUCUGCUUCGAGUACGCCCGCGGGGAGAAGAAGCCUCGCUGGGUGAAGAUCUUCACUCCAUAUUUCAACUACAUGCAUGAGUGUUUCGAGCGGGUCUUCUGUGAACUCAAGUGGAGGAAAGAGGUCGAAGAGGAGGCCACGGACAAGGACAACAGAAACUGCAGCAAAGAUGAAUAUCUUCCAGCUGUUGAGACACAGAAGGGAUGGCGGCACCUAGGGGGCGAGAUCGUCACCUCCUAAAAACCCGACAGCGCCACUCGACAAGGCCUCACAAGGUACAGGACAACACUAUCCACAGCAGAAGCAGAAACUAUCCACACACACCGGUCCGCUACAGACAAACCGCAGACACCCAGCCCGAGGAGAACCGAAAACCACGCACAUACAGACUAAACAAGGCAACAAACCCAGAGAUCCUCAUUUUCAGAAGAUAAAAGAAGGAAGUAAAUGUUGUGUAAAGGUUUCAAAAUGAAUAAAUAAUAGUUAAUGCGUUAGAAUCCUACAUACAUCACAUCACUUCAUGGGGUGGGAUAGUUGAUUGAUGCUACUGGUUGAAGGGACAGAUCCAGAGCUGUGUGAUUGGUCGAGGAAAUGGUCGUCUGAGACACGAUUGGACACUGAGAAUGGGAAAGUGGGGGGGAAGCAAACAGCCGCAGGACUGGCUGUGGAGAUGGACAUACGCAGUGCCAUUGGCUCAGGGAGGCCUCUCUGUGAUGUGAUUGGUCUGGACCAAUGCUUAGAUGUGCCUCAUGUUCUGAACCUGAAGGAGAAAGAAGAGGAGAACAAGGUGAGACGCGUGUGCGCGGAAUGGACGCAUCACAAAACAAAUGCAGCAGCCAGAAAGGGAGAGGACUACAUUUCCCAGAAGGCAGAAAUGUGGAACGAGGGAUUUCUGUGUUCUGAAGUGAAAGGCAAUACGGCAAAAACUGAAAUGCAAGGAAACGUCUUUUAGAAGGGGAAACUGAACUAAUCUCAUUCUGAAACUUACCACAUGGGGAAACAUAGGCAUUGCGGGGGGGGGGGGGGGGGGGUACAUUUCUGUGAUCUUAACCCAUUUCAGAGAGAACUAAAUAAGAAAACAUGAACAAAGAAUGGGAGACAUGGCUCAUGUCUACAUAAACAAUCUUCAAAAGGACAAUGAAAGACACGUGUUGGUUUGAGAUGGGAAAGGAGAGCAAGAAUGGGCCUACCCCGUACUGUGCAGUCAGUACUCGCCCAUAGAGAAUACAGGGUAGCAUUUAUACGCCUUUUAUUUUUUUAAAGCAAUUGCUAAAACAUUUUUUUAAAUCUCGUGGCACAUUUUUCAGGCUUUUAAUAAAAAAAACUCAAACCUUUGCUAUGACGGAGAAGGUGUCAGAUUUAAAACCGAUCAUUAUCGUCCUAAACCAUGUUUCAAAACACUAGUUACAUUUUUGCGGCUUAGUAAUACCUUUAAAGGACAAUUGUGUAUUUUUCAAGGAGUUGGUAUGAGCCAUGUUUACAAAAAUGCAAAAAAAAGAAAGACAUGUUUGGCAGUACAUUUUGUUCGAAUUACGUUUUGUUCGAAAUGUUUGUGUCUGAAGCUGUUAAAUUUUGAUAUGUAUGUGUAGUACUGUGUAACCAUGUAAAAUGUAUUGCUUUACAAAGCA